AUGUCUACAAACAAAGAUCUAGCCGGCAAAGUUGCAAUAAGCUCCAGCCGCGGCAUCGGCGCCGCAAUAGCCCUCAAAUUCGCUCAGCGCGGAGCAGACGUGGCCAUAAACUACGUCUCCAAUGCUACGGCAGCCGAGUCCGUCGUCGAGCAGAUCCGUGCCCUAGGCGUGCGCGCCCUCGCCCUCAAAGCCGACGUCUCGCAGGAAGAAGAGGUGAAAACCAUGUUCGAGACUCUACACCGCGAGUUCGGCCGGCUCGACAUCGCAGUCAGUAACUCGGGCAUCGAGCAUUUCGGGGAUCUCUCUGAGGUUCGGGGCAGCGAUAUCGAUGCUGUCUUUGCGGUGAAUAUCAAGGGACAAUAUUUCGUCGCUCAACAGGCUUAUCGUUUUAUGGAGGAUUAUGGGCGUGUCAUGUUGACAUCGUCGAUUUCAGCUGCUAAGGGAGUCCCUCGUCAUGCUGUCUAUGCUGCUUCUAAAGCGGCUGUGCAGGGUAUCACCAAGUGUCUUGCGAUGGAUUUUGGUCCACGGAAUAUCACUGUCAACUGUAUUGCUGCUGGCGGUGUCAAGACCGAUAUGUAUGCUGAGAUGUCGGCUAAGUAUAUCCCUGGUGGUGAUAAGAUGAGUCCUCAGCAGAUUGAUGAGGCUUUGAGCAAGUGGUCUCCGCUGGGUCGGCCUGGAGAAGUUGAGGAUGUUUCUGGGGUUGCGUCUUUGAUUGCUAGCCCUGAGUCUCAGUGGCUGACUGGGCAGACAUGGCAGAUCUUGUCUGACCUACACCUGGAGAUCAAUAAACAAUAUUCCUUUGAAAUCCCUGUUUGCUCUAAAUAUCUCAUCCUAGCAGGCGACAUCGGCCGCCUGGAAGAUUACAACAACUACCGUGACUUCCUACAAAACCAAACAUCCAAAUUUGAGAUCGUGUUCUUGGGCCUUGGUAACCACGAAUUCUACGAGACGACCUUCAACUCAGGCCUCGAAAAAGCAAAGCAGCUCGAAAACGAACCUUGUAUGAAUGACAGGCUUGUAAUACUUCACCAACGACGAUACGACAUACCUGACUCCCGCGUGACAAUCCUAGGCUGCACACUCUGGUCCCAAAUCCCCCAGGAAUCAGCUGAUGUAGUCAAUUACAAAAUCUCCGAUUUCCAAAAGAUCAAAGAGUGGUCUGUCGAGCAAAAUAACAAGGCCCACGACUCUGACUUGACCUGGUUAAGGGGCGAGAUCCAAACUCUCCGGCAGGCUUCUAAAGAAAAGCGGUCUAUCCUGGUGGUCACGCAUCAUGCACCAUCCCUGCAGCGUACUUCGAGUCCGCAGCAUGCUAAGAAUCCCUGGAGUUGUGCGUUUGGAACGGACCUUUUGUCGCAACCUUGGGAUGGGGUUGAGAUUUGGGUAUUUGGACAUACACACUAUACGACCGAGUUUAAGAAGAAGGGAAUUAGAGUUGUGAGUAACCAGCGGGGAUAUGUGCUUCCUUGGAAAACUGGAAAGGGGAACUUUGAUGUGAGGAGGUUGGUAUGGGUAUGA